AUGGUUAGCUCGUGGAAGAUGGCGGCCAGCCUGCUGGCUGGCCUCGCAGCGAUGGCCGCGGCGCGGAAGUGCCCGGCAGGACUGAUCAAGUGCAUCUACGUGGGGUCGGACGACGAAUGCUACAACAUAUGCACGCCUCUGAUAGGAGAGUGCACAUGUCCUCCGACGAAGUCGUUCCCCAGCUUAGGCAACGGGCCGCCGGUGACGUUGUCCAACACGGACUCGGGAUGCACGACGAAGCAGGCUAUCAAGGGGUGGAAGCAAUGCAAAUACCGGGAAAAAGCAGCAGACCGGCGUCCACAGUGA